CCCUGCAAGCCUUGCAAUCAUAGUAAUAUAGUAUAGUACUAGGAGUAGUAGGCAGGCAGCCUACCAGGCCAAAGAAUGAAGCAACAACGCCCCGGGCAAACCGCAAACUAGGCUAAUUCUUUUUAUUGCUCAUGGUCUGUGCAGGACCUACCAUAUCAAGAAUAGUUCGAAGUUGGAAUGGAUGCGGGCAAAAAAGAAAGCAUGGACAACUUGAGCCAGUUAUCAUUGGAGACUGCUGCCCGAGAGAUCCCCACCGCCAAGGCUUCGGACAGCAAACGUGGCAGCAAAGCAGCCAAUCAUCAAGCGCCAUGGCUGUCAUUCGGGAAUUCUCGAAGCGGACGAACUGGGCUGUCAUUGGCCCCGGCGUCAUUGCCUCACUUUAUUGAGUUCGGUUGCAACUUUGACCUACUUACUAGGAAGUUUAGUUUAGCAUGGAUUGGCAUUAACACAUCCCAUCUUGCUUGCUUGCUUGCCUGCUUGCUGGUCAGUCAGUCAGUCAGUAUAGUUCGGAGGGGGUCGGGUUGAUUCAGAAGGCGUCUGCUUGCUGAACUUUACACUUUAGUUCUGGCAAUAGUUCGCUCAUGUGUUGGAUGAAUGUCCUCGCUGCUAGCCAACGGGUUGACGAUGCUUCAAAAAGACGGUGAGAUCUAAACCAGAUGUUCUUCU